CCCUCACCUUUCCAUUGACGGCCCCUAAUAAGAAAUGCUAAAGGCAGUCAUCAUCAUCGACACCCAUUGAUCAUAAAAUCGGCUCUCUGUGUUAGGUCGAUAGAAUUAUUUGCUACCGGCUUCCUCCGAAGAACUCUGGGACAGUGUCCAAGCUCGAACACCAGGUAGUCGUAAGUCCAUGGGGGUUAUCAUGUACUCGGACACGAUACUGGUGCCAGUAAGUCUCUUCCUCAUGGUGGGAUACCAUGCCUACUUGUGGCACAGCAUCAAGACCAGGCCCUCCGUCACCACCAUCGGAUCCGACGCCCUCAAGAGGAAGUCUUGGUUCAUUGCUCUCUACGCGGGAGAUGAUAAGAAGGCCAUGCUAGCAAUACAGAGCUUGAGGAACACACUGAUGAUCACCAUCCUCACAGCCACCAUCGCCGUCCUGGUAACACUGGCGGUAGGCGCCCUCACCAACAACGCUUUCACCGCACGCGACCUCUUCUCCAGCCCCUUCUUUGGCUCCACUUCGCCUAAGAUCACCGCCCUUAAGUAUGGCGCCGCCUCCCUCUUCCUCGUUGCCAGCUUCCUCUGCAGCUCCCUGGCCCUUGGGUUCCUUAUCGACGCAAACUAUCUCAUCAAUGCCUCAUCCCCAGCUGGCUUGGGCCCUGACAGCAGCGACGGGUGCCCCUACUCCCUGACCGUGUUCGAGAAUGGGUUCGUGCUGGCCAUAUUUGGAAACAGGCUGCUAUGCCUCACAUUCCCAAUGCUUAUGUGGAUGUUCGGGCCGGUCCCCGUCGUACUGUCCUCCAGCGCUCUAGUUUGGGUUCUCUAUGAGCUAGACUUCACCAAGACACCCUCUGGCAUCACGAAACACAGUCCCACCGAUUGAAUCGUUGAUUUUCGUAUGGUGACAUAUGGUGGGAAAGAAAAACAUGUCAUAUUUCUCAUGAGUAUCUAUGAUAAAGAACAGCAACUUUUAUGGUUAGAACUUCCUGGAAUUCAAUCGAAGUAUGAGUCUUAGGUUCAAUCU